ACUUGGAGUUACAGGAACGACAACGGCAGCUGCAAUCAAUGCCUCUGGAGCAGUGAAUAUUAGCAAUUCUACGGCAUCCAGUAGCAGCUCGACAGGUAUCGUUUCCUUGAAUAACACCACCGAUGCCACAUCAACAUCCACCGGAUCACUCACCUUGGCGGGUGGUAUGGGAGUCGGCACAACGGCUCUCUUCAUCGGGCAACCACAGGGAACCACACUCAGUCUCUCGGACACCUACGGACGCUGCUUCGACUCCAGCCGGUGCAUUUCAGGUGAGUGGAGGUAUCUAUGUGGGUAAAUCGAUUUAUGUCAACAGCACAACGGCAUCCACAACCACAUCCACAGGAUCGAUCGUGGCAAAGGGCGGCCUCGGACUCGCGGGAGCUGCUAACAUCGGAGGAGCACUUGCGGUGACAGGCGCAACAACACUCUCGUCCACACUUGGAGUUACAGGAACGACAACGGCAGCUGCAAUCAAUGCCUCUGGAGCAGUGAAUAUUAGCAAUUCUACGGCAUCCAGCAGCAGCUCGACAGGUGCCUUGAUCGUCUCAGGUGGUGCCGGAAUUGGUGGUGCUCUCAAUGUCGGUGGAAAUGGAAGCAUUGGAGGGACACUGGGAAUCACAGGUACGACAACUGCAGCUGCGAUCAAUGCUUCUGGCGUCGUCGCCUUCACCAACACCACCGACGCUACCUCAUCAAUCACCGGUUCGCACACUCUGGCUGGAGGAACGACAACGGCCGCUGCGAUCAACGCUUCUGGAGCAGUGAAUAUCAGCAACUCGACGGCAUCCAGCAGCAGCUCGACGGGUGCCCUGAUCGUUUCCGGCGGCGCUGGAAUCGGCGGUGCUCUCAAUGUCGGUGGAAAUGGAAGCAUUGGAGGGACACUGGGAAUCACAGGUGUCGGCGGCUCCCUCUAUGUUGGCGGGUCGAUCACAUCCUCCGGCGAUGUCACCGCCUUCUCGGAUAUCCGACUCAAGAAGCAGGUCUCGACACUCACCGAUGCACUCGACAAGGUCAAGCGGCUGCGUGGAGUCCGGUUCUUGCGCAAGGACACGCGCGAGGAAUGUAUCGGUCUCAUUGCCCAGGAAGUCGAGAAAGUCAUCCCGCAAGUCGUUCACGAGCGCACCCUGGCCGUCGGCGAUCCCGAGACAAAGUACAAGAGUGUCGCUUAUGGAAACAUUGUGGCUUUAUUGAUUGAGGCAGUCAAGGAGCUUGCACAAAUGAUGGAAAGCAAUUUCUCUCAAUAAACUCGGGAUUCUCCAUCUCUCUCAAAUACUGCGCCUUGUUGUUCAGAAUCGCAUAAGGUCGCCUCGAUCGAUGGGGCUGGAUUGGUGACUUCCACAAUCUCGCCCGUC